AUGUCCAAAGACGCACACGAUGUCUCGCUGUUGGAUCUUCUCGAUCUUUCUCAGUUGAAUUGCUUGAAUGAGAACGACGAACACACCGCAAAGUCCAUCCUCGCUGGCAAGACGCGCUCAAAGGACAGUGCAAAGUACCUGCUGAGCGACGCCGACGAGCAGCUCGUCCUGAACAUUACCUUCAACCAGGCCGUGCGCAUCCGCUCGCUCGUGAUUCACACCGCGAACGCGUCGCAGGGACCGAAGCUGAUCAAGCUCUUCGUGAACCGGCCCAACAUCGGUUUUGAGGACGUGGAGGACGCGUCGGAUGGGGAGGUCGCGCAGACGCUGGAGUUGAGCGAGGACGACGUGCGCCAGGGGAAGCCGAUCCAGCUGCGCUUCGUGCGAUUCCAGUCCGUCAACAGCUUGCACAUAUUCAUUGCUUCGAACCAGGGAGGAGGGGACGAAACGAGGGUCGAUGCAGUGGAUGUCUUCGGUGUACCAGUAGAAGCCACAAAGGACUUGUCCGGCUUGAGAAAGCAGGAAGAGUAA